AUGUUUCCUCAUGCACCCUCGCGUCGCACUAAACGACGUGUCGCUCCUCCCUUACUCGUACGAAAACAAUCAAAACGUGAAAGACGUUGCUUGACAUGGACACAUAUGGUUACAGGUGCCCUCGUCCCACUAAUGAUUGGGAUUUUCACCGUUGUUUUGACUAUACAACAGUAUCGUAUCAGUGAAAGACACCGUCAACAAGAUCAACAAAUUGCACGUGCCUAUAGAGAACAAGAUCAACGACAAGCUGAUGAUUUACACUUUCAACAGGUUUAUCGUAACUAUAUUAAAGACAUUUCUGAAACUGUAUUUAAAUUGAAACAUCUGAAUCAAACAUUUCGUGACAAUCGAACAAAAUUUCAUUAUAUACGUAGUAAAACAUUAUCAGCUUUAAGAGAACUGAAUUCAAAACGGAAGACACAAUUAUUUAUGUUUCUCUAUGAGAAUAAUUUACUUCCUACACUCGAUCUGUCUGGUUCUGAUCUAUCAAAUAUUACCUUGAAUAGCUCGACAUUCAAGAAAUAUGAGUUUAGAAAUCUCUCUCUGCCAUCAUCGGAUCUCACAAGUGCAUCAUUUAUCGGAUGUCAAUUUAAAGAAGGUGUUAAUUUUAAAGAAUCAAUGAUGUAUAGAACCAAAUUCGUCAAGACAAACUUUUCCUGCAUCAAGAAGUACACUAUUGAUGAACCUGCUGAAAAUGUUUAUGUGUACUUUGAUGGCACUCAACUGAUAGGUGCGGAUUUUUGUGAGACAACUUUGUGUGAUGUUAGUUUCAAUGGUGCAGACUUGUCCUACGCUAACUUCACCAGAGCUACACUUGGUGGUCGUAUUGAUUUUGAAGGAACAAAUUUAGCUUUGGUAGAUUUUACUAAUAUAUGGUUUGAAACACCAAUUUUUGUUAAUAUACUAAAUACAAAUAUGGCUGGCGUUCGAUGUAGUGGAGAAAGUUGGCUACGGACGAAUCAACGUGGUUAUAUUAAGAUGGCAAAUGUAAUUCUACCGAAUGAAACAUGGCUCAUUAAUGAGACGAAUUUGGUGUUGAAUGGAGAUGCAGAAUGCAAGCAACAAGAUCUGAUUUCCCACUGGUCUUCAUUUGAGCAUCAGUUUCAUUCCUAUCCAUCACUAGCGUCAAAUGUGACAGAUCGAAAUUGUUAUUUUAAUUUUACGACCUCUAUAAAACCGAUGUUUAUGUAUCAAGAAAUUGAUUUGAGUAGCUAUUCGUUCUUCGUUGAUACCGGUGAAGCUGAAGUAGACAUGUCUGCAGAUUUUGGAUGUUCUACAAACAGAAAUAGCGAAUUAAAAAUGUAUAUUUGGUUAAAAGAUUCACUACAGACACGUUUAUCCAAAAUAGAACUCGAGUCUUCUCCGUUAAAAGAUGGAAGUGAAUGGCAGCACUGGAAAGAAGUAAGACAAAUACUUAAAUCUACAAGAUAUUUACAAAUUGAGAUUGCAUCAUUGGAGGAAUAUCAAACUUGUUCUAUUGACAAUAUUCGGUUACGUCUUGGUCGUCAAAGAGGAGCUGAAGGAAUGAAGAAACGAUUAAAAGACGGAAAAAUUCUUCUCUUUUGA